AUGAAAAAGACCCCCUCCGAAAUAGCAGGCUACACAGUCCUCCCCCUCACCCUCCCCGCAACCCCAUCCUACCCCAAGCCCGCAACGCACCACCUCUACAUCCGCGCCCACGAACCGCGCAUCCCCGACGACGACACCCCCCGCUCUCUCUUCCUCGUCAACAUCCCCAUCGACACGACAGAGCUACACCUACGCCACCUCUUCGGUACCCAGCUCGGCGCAGGCCGCGUCGAAAAGGUGCACUUCGAGGAUGUGCCGACCAAGGCGAAAGGAAGCGGCGCGCAGGCGAAUCAAAUGUCCGUGAAGAAGCGCAAGCGCGUGACGGCUGAUGAGCUGCAGGGUCAGCUUGAUGGGAUUGAGUUGCCUGCUACGUGGGACAGGGCGCUGCAUAAGAGCGGGGCGCAUGCGAUUGUUAUCUUUGUGGAUGGGCCUGCGCGCGAGGCGAGCUUGAAGGCUGCGAGGAAGGUUGCGGGCCGCAAACAGGGGAAGGAGGGGAUUGUGUGGGGGGAGGGUGUUGAGGGGAGGCUUCCUGCGCUGGGGAUGGAGCGGUACUUGAAGCAUGAGCGGGCUGUUUUCCCUGCGCGGGCGGAGAUUCUCCGCGCGGUGAGCGACUACAUGACUGUGUUUGAGCAGGUGUCUGAGGCGCGGAAGAGGGAGGUCGCGCGUCGGGCGCAGGAGCCGGACGAGGAUGGGUUUGUCACUGUUACUAGUGGGCCGAAGCUUACGGAGACGGCGCACGAGGACGAGGCGAGGGAGCUGGUUGAGAGGCAGAAGAAGAAGCAGGAGGGCUUGGAGGACUUCUAUCGCUUCCAGAGUCGGGAGAAGAGGAAGAUGAGGCAGAAUGAGAUGCUUAGGCGGUUUGGGGAGGAUAAGAAGAGGUUGGAGGAUAUGAAGAGGCGGAAGGGGAAGAUUAGGGUCCUCCUGAGCGUCAACCGACGACACGCUAAAAAGUUCAGCUCCGCUUUUGAUGACCAGAGUCAGCAGGCGUCAGAGCGUGGGUACGAGAGCUUCAAGGAAGUAGCUAAGGAUCUUGAUGGAGUGAUUGAUGUACUCUGGGUUAGUGGGACUCCUUCAAUACAAAUCCCAUACCUGAUCACCGUGGCCGGACUAAUCAACACGUACCUCCCCGACUUCCCCCUCAGCCCAGGCUCAACCUUCCGCUUGCUCAGAAAGCUCGACUCCGUCUUCGCAUCGCUCCUCCUCGGCGAAGACGCAGACACGGGCGAACCCCUUUCAGGCUUCGAAGGCCGACACAAUGUCGUCUCCAUGACGGAGAAAGUCCGCAUCAAGAGUCUGGCGGAGACGUGUCGUGUUGCUGUCGUGGAGGCCAGCGAGCAGGUUGAUGAGGAGAUGGAUGAGAGCGCGGAUAGCCUUGAUGAGGGUGAUGAUGAUGACGACGACGACGAUGACUUUGGCACUGGGACAGGGGAGUAUCAGGCUCCGGGGCGGUGGGAUAUGGAGGCUGCGAAGGUUUAUGAGAAGACGAUUCAGUUGCUUGGGGAUGAGCUGGGGAAGGCGGGGGAGUUUGUGGAUAAUCAGAUUGGGUCUGGGGAGGUUUGUUAG